AUGACCCCUGAUAUACAAGUGUCAGAAUGCGGCCACAACACUCGGCUUGCAUAUCCAAAAGUUCAGCUGUUUGCUUAUUUUGAGGUCAAACAUGCCGAUGAUUGUUAUCAUGGAUGUCCAUACGGAAACUGUCAUGCUUUCACUACGUUCCCCCAACCUGAUGAUCUCGAGCCGUCGUAUACGGAUGGCCAUAGCUUCUUUUGGCACAACCUCGGCGGCCGUCCAGGUUCUGGUGUUAAGCCGAUCUCCAAUCCGACCAGUGGAGCGUACGGAUGGGAAGAUAGUAUCAGUGGCGGGUAUCAUGACGGCAAGCCGGAUUAUUCUAGGAUGCAGAAGGACCACGAUGAGCACUACCCUCUGUGGGCUCAAAGGAAAAGCGCAUUGAAGCCUUGGCCGGCAGACGCGGCUCAGCGUUUUGACAAUGGCCAACCUUAUCCUUAUCAACCAAAAUGUGGACGCCCAUGCGAGCCCAACAAGGAUCCUGGUUCCACACCGGGAGCUUAUGGGAACUACCAUCCUGCGCCUUCCUCAGAAUACUUUCCUCCCAAAGAUUGGACAGGAAGCUGCGACGACAAUUACUUGAAAUCGCUUUCAACUAGUCAACUAGGCCGCAAAAAUUCGACUUCUAGGAGCCGUGUGCUAGCUCGGCGAUAUCGAAACAGGAGUACUUGGGUGGUCCCGUAG